AUGCAGUCGUCUGGCUUUGAAUGUGUUCCAGUGUCGGUGUUGGAGCGAGUAAAUAACUUUUUGAACGACGUGAGGGAGGAGCUGAGGCAUUCUAUGAUAAAGGAUUCAGCAACAAUCAAGAACGAGGGCCUGGCGGUGAGAAAACACGAGGAGGGCACCGAAGAGAAGAUAGUAGCCAGUCAAGAUUUCCAGAAGAAGAUCAUACCCCACCGGGACUUGGAGCAAGCAGCAAGCAGCAACGGCGCGGUCAUGGGCAACAACGACAUCUCACGACUGCUCUUCGAGAUGGAGGAAGACGACGACACGUUCAACCUGGCGGUGGAGUCGAGGAAGGAGGCGGCGGAGACGGUGAGGCAGAGCCGGCAGGAUCUGAUCGUGGUGGCGUCGCUGGUGGAGCGGAUCCCGAACCUGGCGGGGCUGACCCGGACGUGCGAGAUAUUCAGGGCGGGCGGGCUGGCGGUGGGGGACAUGGGGGUGGUCCAGGACAAGCAGUUCCGGCUGAUCAGCGUGACGGCGGAGAAGUGGGUGCCGAUGGUGGAGGUGCCGGCGGAGAGCAUGAGGGCGUUCUUGCAGAGGAAGCGGGCGGAGGGGUACACGGUGGUGGGGCUGGAGCAGACGGCCAACAGCGUGGCGUUGGACGAGUUUGUGUUCCCGGCCAAGACGGUGGUGGUGCUGGGCAGGGAGAAGGAAGGGAUCCCGGUGGACAUCAUCCAGGAGGCGGUGGACGUGUGCGUCGAGAUCCCGCAGCUUGGCGUCGUCCGGUCACUCAACGUACAUGUCAGCGCCGCCAUCGCCAUCUGGAACUACACCCGCCAGCAGCGCGUCCGCUCCUCCUCCUCCUCCUCCUCUCUGUAGGUAGCUUCCGGUUCUCCUUCCUGUUGGAGUAAACCAGAGAAGGCUGCCAUGUCUGUUGUUGUAACAUGCAUGGACCUGAUCAUCCAUGACAAAACUGAUCAUGAACCUUCCUUAGCCAGGACUAGAUUGUUAGCUAGAUUUAUGCACCGAACUGGUCAUGCAUGAUGAAAACACUUUGGAAGAAGAUGUCAACCACUCUUGUUAAGAUUAGAUGAUAAGUUCCUGCUCUCCAUCGCCGUGUCGUCGUCGUCGUCGUCGUCGCUUCUUGCUGCAAGUACUCAACCACUUGGAGAGAAAUUUGACCAGGCAUGAUAUAUAUAUCUGAUUGACUUGAUCAUAACAGGGGCUGCUACAUAUAAUAGUUGUGUUAGGUGCACUCAUGCAUGGAUUGACGUGCCCUGAUUUCAAAUUUGACCAGGCAUAGUUGACACAAUCCAGACUGUUACUCAUAUCUAGUCCCAGAUGGAGUAGCUCAAUUUGCUUCUUUAUUUAUAAAUUAUUAAAGGGGAAAUGUGUCCCUUAGGCAUA